AUGCCGCGUCAACCAGCACAUUGGAGAAAAUUCGUACUCGUCUAUAUUUUCCAGUUAUUUUCAUAUGCAACUUCCACGGUGCAUGUACAACUGAUAGCACCGCGCUAUGUAACCUACGGGAGCACAGCAGUUCUCCAUUGCAAUCAUAGUGUCUCAGAUGCUUCCUUGCAUAAAGUCGAGUUCAUGAAGGAUGACAAGACGAUAUUACGAUACAUAAAGGAUAGGAAACCGCCGUUCCUUAAAUGGGGGGUAGACGGUGCAAACAUGGAGUAUAUGGCAAAUGGCACGACAAUCAAAUUAAAGGACGUUCGUUUCGAGGCGUCUGGUUCGUAUUCCUGUCUGGUUUCGAUGACGACUCCUAUUUAUGCCCAGCCUUCCGACAUCGUUCAAAUGAAAGUCAUAGUACCACAGACUGAAAACCCGAAAAUCACAUUCAAGAAAGGAAUGUACAUGGUGGGCGAAAUUUUAGAGGCGAAUUGCACCUCCUCGGCUGCGCAUCCAGUUCCUCACUUGACUUGGUAUAUAAACGGCAAGGAGGUGGAUAUUAGCCUGGUUAAUCAUUAUCCUCACACGCGUCACAAGGACCAAUUGAUGUCCGCGACUGCGAAACUAAUGAUAGAGGUUUCCGCGUUGCAUGCAGGGGAGAACGGAUAUCUAGAGAUCAGCUGUUAUUCCACCAUUCCGGAUUACCCGUUGCACCAGGAACAGUACGCUGAUGUCAGGGAGGAAACGGUUUCGGUGGAAAUAAAACCCGCGCCGAUCGCUGAAUCCUCGAGGGCCCGUGGAUGGCCCUUAGCUACAUUACUAUGCAUCCUUUGUACGAUGCACAAAAUCAUUCCUUAAUAAAAAGUCAAUUGCUUUAGGAUAAUUUAACGAAGGAACAGGAAGAAAGAAUGAAAGAAAAAGAAAUGAACAACCUAAUUGUGUAAUAUACGUAACGAGGAGGUAACAAGCGGAGAUAAGGGAGAAUCGAGGGAUAUAUAUAUAUAUUAUAUUAUAUACAUAUACGUAUAUAUAUAUUGAAGAACGAACAAUCACAAUGUCUUCCUUGAUUAUACCGAAAUACACGGGGGGCAGCGAUUUUAUUGUCUUGCAGAAAAAAAGAAAAAAAAAAUUUUAUAAAUCAUAGACGCGGCUUCUUCGUGCAACUAUUUUCGAUUGUCGCUUGUAUCGAUCGUUAUCUAUUUCGCGAAUUAUAAUGAAUCGUGGCCACGGAAAACGGCGAAUGAGAUACCGUAGCGCAUAGUCGAUUCGCCGAUGAUUAAUAAUUUCUUCUUUACACUUCCGCUACCGUCUCUUGUCAUCACGCGGUACCGCGUGCUCGACCGUCAACCCUUUAACGAGAAAUAAAAAUAUACCUUGACCCGAGGAGAAAGUUCAACGUAUGGUAGCGAAUGUGUUAAAGAGAUGCAAAAUAAGAAAAAAAAAGAGGAUGAAAAGGGACACAUAUUCGUAAACAGAUACAUACAUACAUACAUUACAUACACACACGGGCGCAUUUUCUAACAGAUACAUUUGUCGGCUCGACCGCAAGAUUAAUCCAUUUAUCGUCGUUCGUAUAUUCGUGUUUUCCGUUCAAAUCCUUUAACCACGUUGACAGACUAUUGCAUAGAAUAAUUGUGUUCGUGAGAGAUCAAAGUGGGGGAGUUUAAUGUAUUCGCGAUAGUAUAUAUCAAUUACUGUUUCACCUAGUUUUUAGACGGCUACAGUGUUACUCUCUUUAGGUGAGACACCGGUUCUAUGCUAAUUAGAAGGGGAUAGAACCAUCUAUUUUGUAUUGUUCAACGUUUUAUGUGAUAGAGAUGAUAAAUUACCAGCAGGUACCAAUUUAAUAUGUUCACCUAUGUAUGUGUACAUAUGAUUAAGUUAUAUUAUUAAGAAUUGAAAAUAGCACUUGAAACAUCAUAUUACAAAUUUAACCCGUUCAAGAAAUUAUCCACAUCUUUCGUUUUUCAUUUUUACUCAAACGUCCGUAUUGAAACAGUAUAAAUAGCAGGUGAAAUUGUAUUAGCGAAUUAUUUCCGAAAUUAUUCAUCGUAAAAGCAAUUAUGUGUUCCUGAAUAGAUGAGUUUAUUAAUUCACCGCUUAAAGGGGUAAUACUGUACCCUUAAUAUGUGUAAGAUGCAAUCUUGAACGUUCGAUGAAUAGAUAAUUGAUUCGAUCGAAUGUUUCUAUCGACCGAUACACGGUGUAAUUGAAUGUCAAUUGGUAAGUCGAAUUUCUUGUUCGAAAUUAAGCUACGUAAUCGUUGUUCGAGGUGAAUGUUUUUUAAGCGUAUUUCUUAUUUCAAAGUUAACUUGGAAUAGUUGAAAUCUUUUAUAGUGCAAAUCGACGUACCUUUAAAUUGUUAUUUUCUAGUCAUUAACUUACUUUUAUAUAUUCACACCUGUAACUAAAGAUGAGCAUUGCGAUCAAUUAUUUGAAUCUAUUUUACAUCCUAGUUCGAACAUGAUCUAAGUGCUCGUCCUAAAUGCUAAUUUUUAAGUAAAAUCGACAGAUUACGAUGUACCUAUAUAUUUCAUAUAUAUAUACAUAUAUAUAUAUUAAGAAAAAAAAAAAAAAA